UUCUCUUCUCUCUUCUAUAUGCCUGCAGGCAUUUGUUCUUGUUCCUGAAUCUCCCAAAAAAACCCACCCACCCGCCCCCCGGUACGCUCCCCAUUCAUUCAUUCAUUCUUGGCAGCAGCAGCAGCAGCAGCUAGCCGUGUGUGUGGGAGAGAGAAAAUGUUCCAUACAAAGAAGCCGGCCUCAGCUAUGAAUUCGCAUGAGAGGCCCAUGUCAUGUGUUCAAGGAGAUUCCGGCCUUGUCCUCACCACUGAUCCUAAGCCCCGCCUCAGAUGGACUGUUGAGCUUCAUGAGCGUUUUGUUGAUGCUGUAACCCAGCUUGGUGGACCUGACAAGGCCACCCCAAAGACAAUCAUGAGAGUUAUGGGAGUCAAGGGUCUCACUCUUUAUCAUCUCAAGAGCCAUCUUCAGAAAUUCAGGCUCGGAAAGCAGCCCCACAAGGAGUUCAGUGAUCACCCGAUAAAAGAUGGUGAGAGAGCUUCAACUUUAGAACUUCAACGAAGUAGUUCCGCUUCAUCUUCGGGGAUGAUUGGUCGCAGCAUGAACGAGAUGCAAAUGGAAGUGCAGAGAAGACUUCACGAACAGUUAGAGGUACAAAGACACCUUCAGUUGAGGAUUGAGGCACAAGGAAAGUACAUGCAAACUAUUCUGGAGAAAGCUUGUCAAACACUGGCCGGGGAAAAUAUGGCCUCUGCAGCAGCAGCAGGGAGCUAUAACAAGGGUGGAAAUCAAGCGGGGGGAGGAGUGGUGGACAUUAAGGAAUUUGGUCCCCCUCUCAGUUUUCCAUCUCUCCAAGACCUCAACAUAUACGGAUCAGGUGAGCAACUUGAACUUCAACAGGGCGGCAUGGUGGUGGACAGAUCACCGUCGCUGGACGGAUUCAUGUCAAACAACAACGACACCCAACUGUGCCACCUGGGCAAGAAGAGGCCUACGCCGCCUAGCCCUUAUGGCGGAGGAAGUGGCAAGAGCCCCGCAGCGGCAGCCAGCUUGAUGUGGUCUGAUCAUCAUCAUCAUCAUCACGAUCUCCGCCUGCAAGAACUAGGAUCAGCAGCAGCAUCCUGUCUCGGUAAUUCCCAAGACCAUCAUCAUCAUCACGAUGCUUUCAAAGGCGAUCACCACCACCAAAUUCAGAUGAAUAAUGCACCUUCAGGAGCAGGAGUACUGUCACUUGAGAGAAGCAAUGUGGACGUCGUGAUUGAUUCUUUGUCGGACAGUACCUGUAGUAAUAUGUACGAGACAAAGCCAUUGAUAAGCGGUAGUUGUGGAGCAGAUGGUGGUAUGGUAUUGGGGGGUACUGAUCAAAAGAAUGCAUCCUCCAAGCUCGAAAGGCCCUCUCCUCGAAGAGCCUCUACUACUGCAACUACUCCUCCUCCAUCGUCAUCCAGUGAUCAUAGGAUGAAUGCAGUGCAGAUUGGUACAGCUGCUGCCGGUGCCAUGUCCCAGGCACGAAACUCUCCGUUCGGAUGAUCUAUCGUAAGGACGGAUUUACCAUAGAGAUCGAUAUGCAUGAUUAAUGAUGCUUCAUACGAGUCUUUAAUUUAGGGGUAAGAUGGAUAUUUAGGGUUUCGGGUCUUAAUUAAGGAAUCACGCAAAUUACCUGUGAAUUCAUUUUGGUGACCAUAUAUAUAUAUUUAUGCAUUAAUUCCAGCAUGAUUUGACGUAUCCUGAAUAUAUGUAUCUCCGGUUUUGUUUCCAAAA